AUGCCUCUCUCUGUCGCCAACUACUCUCUGGUAUGCAAAUUAGUGCAUUCCUUGAAAGGCAGGAAAAACCCCUGUAAAGCUUGGGAACUCUGUAGAUGUUUAUUCUUAUAAGUAAUGUCAAGUUCCACUUCUUGUUUUAGACAAGGACUUCCAAAACACGCCUUGCGGCAUCAUCCACUGCCAGAACCUCGAGCUGAGGUGUGCCCAGCCACACCCGCGGCUGAAAACUAUGGCGAGAUCUCAAGGGAGUCUGAAAUCUGGAAGGAAUCAGAUUAUCCUUCUGUUACUCCAGCUGAUCAUGGGAAUUCAUGGUCUGCUAGUCAGAGUUACGCCGACACCUCCACCGAAGACAGCUCAGUCUUCUCUUGGGGCUAUGAUGAAUUUGAUAAAGCUGCCACACAACAAGUUCAGCAAAUGUUCAGGCAAAUUGAUGAGCUUCUCUAUGAGCAGAAAGAAAAUGUGCAUGUUGAGGGACUGCGGGAAGAAUGCCACCAGUGGACAUCCAACUUUCCUCAUCUCAGGGUUGUGGGGAAGCAGAUAAUGAUCCCCACAGAUGAAGGGUAUGGAUGGUAUUCAAGUUCACCUUCUGGCUGUUUAGGUUCCUCAGAUGUAAGUUCACCACGAGAAAAAGAUUCUAAUGAAUUUAGUGUUUUUGGCAAGAAGGUACCUCUUUCUGUUACUCCUGUUCACAAAAAGGCUGACCGUUCCAAGUCUCCGACCUUGUGUUCUCCAGAGAGCGAAGAGGAUGAAGAUGGAGUAAUUGUCUCUGAAGGCGUAAUGGAGGAAUAUUUAGCAUUUGACCGCAGAGAUGUGGAGGAGGAGUUGCAUGAGAGGAAAAUGGGACUGUCCUCUGGUAGACGGAAAUUGGGGUUUCCUCCUAUCUCUCCAUAUUCCUGCAUGAAGGAUUCUGUGCUCAUGUUUGUGUUUGAUGAUGUAUGGAGUGAAGUCCUAGGCUGCAUGGAAGAAUUAAUCUGCAGACACUGGGAAGGGUCAGCCUCUGAUGAUGAGAAAAAUAUCAUAACAGUAGAAACAAUUGGAGCAGAUGCUGGAAGCCCUUUGCAGUUUAAUUCUCUGCCAGUGUUGUUACCUCGUGUGCCACAAACUAAAAUGCCCUCAGUGACAUCAAAUCUGUGCCCAAAAACCAGAUGUGGCCGCAAAAGCAAAAAGAGGAGAAAACCACCUCAAGUAAAUCUCUCUCAAGGGUCAGGUAGUGGCUCUCAACAUAAUCUAAAUGGCUUGAUGGUGAUACAUGGGAUCCAGUUACAGCAAAGGAAUCUGCCUGUAAUGGAGAAAACGCUGGACCUGGAUGACAAACGGCCAGGCUCCAGUUCCAUCCUCUCUACCAGAGUGUGGCCAAAUCGUCCUGUAGAGCUCAGCACAUCAUCCCUGUCACGUUCCACAAGAAGGCGAAAUCUGCCACCACGUACCCUGCAUCCCAUCAACACAAGCCACUCCCGUACUGGAACCCCAGGGUCUGUGGACGAUGUCUUCAGGGGAACUCGAUUUCUGACUGCACAUGAGCAGCUGACCUCACCCUCCCCGCUGCUGCUAACCCGAAAUAAUCUCCUACCACCUAUUACUACCACCAGUGUGGCAGAGCACGUGAGCACUGCAGGAUCCCCGAGGCAAACGAAAUCUCAAGGGAACUCAAGUCGAGCUCACAGUGUAACAACACAGGAAGAUAGCCACCAGCAGCUACAGGAGCGGCUUUUUUUACCUGAUCAUUUCGCCAGGCCUAACACAACCAACGCAUUCUUGCCGGAUCCACAGCACCGCCGUUCUUGCACUGUUAUUGAUUAUAGUAAUCAACCUUGGACAAGCAGAGGAUCAACAGGUUCAGGUCUUCAGCUGCAUGGUUCUGUGAAAGCCCACAGUCGAAAUGGAUCAGUCACAAAAAGCAAACAGGGGUUCUAACGUGCCAUGAAGAAGUAUCCAUCCAUCUCCAGAGAGUCACGAACCACCUCUCAUUCUCAGCAAUGUCAACAUUGUUUACAGAGAGUUUUCAAACACCCUUCCUUAUGAAUAAUUAUUUUUAUAUAAAUCUAAGAAGCAGCUGCCAAAGAUUAGAAGGGGUAUACUUAAACAUUCCAUUUUUCUACCAGUAGAAAAAGUUAUACUCCAGUGGAAGGGUGAAUACGCUCCAGCGGGCAGUAAAGCCUAACACCUAGAAAAUCUAGCAAAUGCUCUCAGUCAUUGCUGUUUUCCCAUUACGGGCUUGUUACUGGUUCAUGUUGUUACAGACAGCUACUGCAGAACCUGCUGGUUUUCCUGUUGGCUCUACAGAAGAUUAAUCAGGUUUUCCAUAGCAGUAGUAAUUUAAAUUUUUAAAGCUAUAUUUAUAUGUUUAAAGCAAUAUUAUACUAUCAAAAGCAAGCACUGCACGUGAUACUGCUUCUACAACUCAGCUUAGACAAGUUAUGAAUCUUGUAGUAAUUGCAGCAGAUAUUAACACAGUUGUGUAAAAAUAAGGUUAGCAAACCAGAUGAACAGAAUUGACAGCUUUAAGGGUAGUACACGGCUGACUCUUCCUGUUUUAUACACUUACACGUCUUCCUCAGUGACUGAAGAAGGUCUAACAGGCAA